GAGUGACAGAGAUAAGGGAUAUCAAGCAAUAAACAGCUGACUCACACAAGGCUCCCUGCCUCAAAAGUAUAGGAUUAUAUAUGGUUUUCACAACACCCUAUACACCACCAGUACUCUAUUGUGAGUGAAGGCACCAAUUCUUCCCUGUUACACAAUACAUCAUGAGUGACCUGUUAUUACCAUAUGAGCCAGUUGGCAAGAUUCCCACUGAAGAGUUGAUGAAAAGGGCUCUUAGUGAUUUGAAAGAGGAUCCCAAGUGUAGAAAAAAUGACAUUGCAGCCAUCCAACAGUGGCUCAAGAAAGAACCACACUUGAAAAAUGCCCCAGUUGAUGAUGAAGACAUGAUACUUCUUUUCCUACGUGGAUGCAAGUUCAGUCUUGAGAAAACUAAAAAGAAGUUGGACAAUUAUUUCACCAUGAGAGGUGCUUUGCCAGAGUUUUUCCGCAACACAGACCCAAAGCAGCCAAUACUGCAAGAAAUUCUCAAGCUGGGGAUUUAUUUGCCACUUCCCAAUGUGUAUGAUCACUUGGGGAGGCAGGUUCUCAUCAUGAGGUUUGGGAAUUAUGACCCUGGGAAAUACUCUCCAGAAGAUCUCACCAAAAUUUCAUACAUGAUUUUUGAAUCUGCAUUUGGCCAUGAUGACCAAGGUCAAAUCAUGGGCUUUGCAGCAGUUGCAGACAUGAGAGGUGCCACCCUGGCACACAUGGUGUCAUUCUCCCCAACAGUGAUGAAGAAAUCCAUGACAUUCUUCCAGGAUGCAUCCCCAGCAAGACCAAAAUCCUUCAUCUACAUACAUGUUCCCUCAGGAUUUGAAACUAUGUUCAACCUCUUCAAAGGUUUCAUGAGCCAGAAAUUGCAGAGCAGGUUGAAUGUGCUUGGGAACAAUGUGGAAGCCCUUUAUGAUCAAGUCCCAAAGGACAGACUUCCUCCAGACCUGGGUGGCACUUUGCCCAUGACUUAUCAACAACUGACUGAUUACUGGUAUGAACGGGUCAUGUCCAAGCGGGACCUGAUCAUAGCAAGAGAAAAGUAUCCCGAUUUAUCGUAUUGGCCGAAAUCAAUUCGCUUCAUUCACUUGGAACGGAACCAGAUCACGCAAUGGGAUCCACGAUUGAACGCACUGCACGGAAUCACGCACUUGAACCUCGAAGACAACGAACUCAAAUCCACGGCAGAAAUUUCAAACCUACGUUCACUGCAAAAAGUGUAA